UCAACCAACAUUUUUUCCUUUUCCAUUUUUCUACCUUUUAUUCCAAAUUUUUUCACCUAUACUUCUUUCACUCCCCUCGAUAUCCGGAGAUGUGGAGAGAGCAGCUGUGAGAAUCGGAGAAACAAUUACUCGUGGAGGAAAAAGACCCCUUGAUUCUGACAAACGAUAUCAAUAAAAACGAAAAAUGCCAACAAGAAUGGUAACAUAUAUGAGAGAAAGGACUGUAUAUGUAGCUGUUCUUGUAGAGGGGCCAACAAGAAAGAGAAGCAAUUCAACAAACAACAAAUUUCAUCACUUUCAACAUCAACAUCUUCAUGUUAAACAUGUUGCAAAUGGUAGAGGAUACAAUAGAAAAGCUCAACUUCUUGAUUACUCGAGAAAUCUUCGAGCUUCGAAUCAUCAUCAAUCAAAGCCAUCAACACCAUCAGUUCCACAGCAAGUCCAAAGACAGAAUUCUCAGAUUGUUGCAGUGAAAAACAAGCCAAAAUAUGUUAGUGUACCAGCUUGUAUGGGGAACUGGAAAUUUGUUAUGCCAAGGUUCCUUAGAUCAUUCAUGACUCAGAAUAAGAAAUCCAAGAAAAAGAAGAAUAUGGCUUCUAAAACAAAUAAAAUAAAAGCCAUGGUGAAAAGUUUUCAGGUUCAAAGAAAGCCUGGCCUAUUCUCCAAAGUUUUUGCUACACUACGGAAGAGUCAUCGAUGAACAAAGGAUCACACCUGAGUCUAAGAAUCAAGGCAUUCGAAGGUUAAUCGAUUAAACAAACUGAAGAUUUGAUAAUUGCUAUCAAAUCUUACUUUCAUGUCUCCUUUGAUCACUUCUUUUUCUUUCACCGAUUUAUUGGAGCUUAGAAGAAGGUUACCUGAA